UUUAACAAUUAACAAAACCGAUUCAGCUCUCGCAGCCUUUUGAAACGUUUUUCUACUAAUCGCCAUGGCUAGGCCCCAAAAACGAUAUCGAGGUGUCCGCCAGAGGCAUUGGGGUUCUUGGGUCUCGGAAAUUCGCCACCCUCUACUGAAGACAAGAAUAUGGCUGGGCACAUUUGAAACUGCAGAGGAUGCAGCUCGAGCAUAUGAUGAAGCAGCAAGGCUCAUGUGCGGGCCAAAAGCACGAACCAAUUUCUCUUACAAUCCCAAUGAGUCUCAAUCCAAUUCCUCCAAGCUUCUAUCAGAAACUUUGACAGCCAAGCUAAACAAAUGUCACCUGGCAUCCCUCCAAAUGGCCAAAAAUUCUGCAGAAAACGAGCCCCAAGCUCCACAUGAGCACACCCAUUUCUCCCCCAGUAAUGGCAUUGCAGGAAAAAGUGGCGAGAAGGGCCAAGUGGAGAGUUCUGAUCAUCAUCAGCAGUUUAAAACUCUUGAAGAUGACCAUAUAGAGCAAAUGAUUGAGGAGUUGCUGUAUUAUGGAUCCAUUGAGCUCCGCAACAUUGUUGUUCCACCGUAGGAUAUAAAAUGUAGCAUCAUCUUCUAAUUGCCAUGGCAAUUUUUUGUUUUUUAGAUACGAGAUCAUAACUAUGUAAUAAUGCUAUAUGAUUUUCUCUAACAAGUAUUUGAUCGAGCACGCCAACCAAGCAGCAAUGAAAUCUAAGAUGCACAUGUAUCUCAAGAAACAUGAAUUUGUUAGAAUGUCAUAUUAAGCAGCUAGCCGACAUAUAAAGCAUUGUAUCAUUAAAUUAAGACACAUUUCCAUCUUUUCUUUUGCUUUUGUUUUUUUUUUUCCU